AUCGCGGUGGACGUUGAGGGCGACUGAUUCCACAUCAGUCGCGAUUCUGCCGGCCCCGCGAUCGGGCGCUUUGGCUAUCGGGCUGUCCGAUUAUGGCCAAAUAUCUCUCCCCAUAGCUCAUGUAUUGCCGGAACAAGUAGAGGAACAGUGCUGCAUGCGGGAACAUUCAAGAGGGAUGACCCAUGCAUCUUUACCGUCACCAUGCUGAACCAGUCUCGUGCCAAGCGACCGGCCCUGCGCCAGACCGCAUCACCGCGAAGCGAGCUUUCUAAGGCCUCCGCCAAAGCUGCGACACCAGUCACGGACGAUCGCCAGUUGCCGUGCGUUUGGGGGCAGCCUUUCCCGGUGAACGGCCAGGGAGUGAUGAUCUUCAACACGGACCGCCACAUGAUGCCCUUCUACGCCUGCGUGGAGGACGAGGACCCGAGCGGCAAUGUUCUGGCUCUGCACGUCGGCGUGGGCUACGCCUCGUUCGUCAUGAACAGCGCCGGAGAUGCCAACCUGACCGAGCUGAGGCGGGUCACCGAGGCCGACACGCCCAGGUGCGGGGUGGAGGAAGGCAAGGUGUCGUACUGGUACAGCUACGACCGCGACAACCUGGUGCUGAAGUACGGCAAGGGCUACCGCAUGGAGGAGACCACGCUCAUGACGCACGACUUCUUGGAGGGGGUCACGGACGAGGAGGACCAGAUGAAGAUCAGGGAAGACUUGCAGCCGUUCUUCACCGCCGAGGUUCAGAAGUUCGUCAGGCAAUACGACGAAAAAGCCAGCAUACAGAUGUAUGCCGCAAGGGCAACCGAAGUGACGGAGCCGAUGGUUGAGUUCGACAAACAGCCUCUCAUCUGCAACCUCCCGCCGACGGUCAUGGACAGCUCCAAGGCCAACCUGUUCGAGCUGGACAGGGGCGACCACAUCUUCUCUGCCAGCCUGCCGGCGGCCUGCAAAGAGCUGUACUCCAACGUAGCCAACUGCGAACUGAAUUACACGGAGGUAGAGGGGGAGAAGGUGCUACUAUCGGACGCCAUCCGAUACAGCCUGGCCUACGGCAUCCUGAAGGACAAGAUCGAAAGCAAAGUGGGCGAGCUCGGCGACGACCCAAACGAGACCUACUUGCGCGUCACGCUGGGCAGCAGUCUCGGCAAAUCUCCGGGAAUCCCGUACGUGCUGGAGAUUUGGCCAGGGGGCCAUUACAGCCCCAUCCACAACCACGGCAACGCCAAUGCCGUCAUCAAGGUCCUGUUCGGGUCCAUCACCAUCGAUAUCUACAACAAGCAGUCGGAGACCAGUUCCCACGACCCCCUGUUCACGUUCGAGGCGUGCGCAGGAGACGCGACUUGGCUGAACCGCAACUGGUACCAGACCCACAAGCUGCGCAACCCCGGGAAAGAGUACUGCGCCACCAUUCAGUGCUACAAUUACGACGCUGGUGACACUACGUACUGGCCGUAUUUCGAUUACGUGAGCGAGAACCAGACCAUUGACGAAUUCUACCCAGGUUCUGAUUUUGGCUUUCUCGAAAUGCGUAGUCAGGUCAUGAAGGAAUACACUGAUUUUGUAUACGGCACUAGCUCUUAGGCUGCUUGCUCAACUUUUUUUUCAGCACGCGAUUGACACAAGUUUGGGUUGUUUGUAAUUCCUUUAAUGUUUGUUUAAUUUUUCAUCCUAUAGGCCUAAAGAAUCCUUUGUCAUUAUAGGGCCUACACUCGUUCAGAUUUCAUGAAGCUGAUUUCGAUUAAAUUCAGUUUGAUUAAAUUUGAUUGCUUCGGUUCGAUUAUAGAUUGGGUUCAGUUUUAAUUUAGCCUGCAUUUAGUGUACUUAAUUUGAUAGAUUGGUUUUGAUUGGAUUGGAGAAAAUUAAAUAUGAUAUCGUAUUAUUUUGUAGUUAGUUUGGGUGACUUGGUUUGAUACGAUUUGUAAAAGUUCGAUAUUAGUUUGUUUUGCUUUGAAUGUUUGUUUCAUUUUGUUUAGUAGCAAGACUUCAAUUUUCAGGACAAGGAGUAAGCCUAAGUGUUAAUGUAGGCCUGAAGAUUUUUAAAAAAAAUAAUGUAGUUUCUUUUUUGGGUGGUUUUAUUUCAAUUCUUUUCAGAGUAAUUAUUAUCUAAUGGUAAUGAAUAAGACACACAUUAAAGUAAUCAGGAACUGGUUUUCCGAUAAACCACCCAUGAUACGCCUGCAUCAACUAAAUAUUUUCAAAAAAGAUGGACAUUUUGUCGGGGUGAUGAAGCUUCAAUAUUGUUUUUUGCCCUUCACCGACGUAUUUACUUUAUACUCAGUGUUGUCCCAAGUGAUUGUG